AUGGGUCCUGAACAAACUUUAGGGUUCACCCCACUUCUGAAAAAACAAUCACCAUUACUUGAAACUUUUAAAGACCUAAUUAAGAAAUUCAAAACUAUAUUUGGUAACUUAGAAAAGUCCAGAACUGCAGCCAACAAAAUUCGAAAGCUCGUCCAAGGGACAAGACCAGCCUCAAGUUAUAUCUCUGAAUUUCGGCAAAUUGUAGGCAAUUUGGAUUGGGGCGAAACAGUGCUAAUCAAUCAAUUUCAUAGUGGGCUUCAUAGUGAUGUAAAGGAUUUGCUCCUUAUAGUCAAAGACCUAACCUUACUGAAUGACACUAUUUCAAAAGCUGUCAGAUGUGAUAACCGACUGUCAGCACCUUUUGAAGAAGACCCAAUGCAAAUUGAUACCAUAAGGAUCAAACCACUCUUAGCAGCUGAGAAAAGACAAUGUUAUACAAAUAACCUCUGUUUUUAUUGUAGUGACCCAGGUCAUAUUGUUAAAAAUUGCCUCAAAAAAUCUAACUUACCACCAAGAAUUAAUGCUAUCAUCUUCUCAGAAGAAUCAUCAGGAAAAGAACAGCCCCAGCUGCAGUAA